GAUAGAGAGAGAAUCGUCGCACAUCGAUAAACUACGUUCGUGAAAUGUCAACGACGACUAGAAGGAGGGCGACGACAAUGAUAAUGUGUAAUCAUGUGAAAAAAAUGUACCGCUAAUACAUCUCAAAAAAAAAAAUUCUUUCUGGUAUUUUUUUUAUAAAUUUACUAGUUUGAACAAGUUGUGAAUACGGAAAUUCAAAGUUGCAGAGAACAAUCUCUGCUUGAGGAGAAACAUUUACCAUAGUGGAGAAAAAAUCAAUUCGGCAACGCAGUGAUGCCGAGGCCUGUGUUAUUAUUGUUUAUAACGGCCACCGUUUUUGGUCUUGGAUAUGCAUUAAAUGGUGAACUUGUGGAACAAGAGUGCCCGGUUGACUGUCACUGUCACUAUUUUCGCAUCAACUGGGUGACAGAUUGCUCCGAGAGCAAUCUCACCAGCAUCCCCUAUGACGAGCUCAGUCCGAAUGUUUAUAUCUUAGACAUGAACGGUAAUAACAUCGCUCAUGUGGAUCCAUUUCCCCAGGACAUCAAACUCAGAAGACUACAAAUGGCUCACAAUCUACUCACCCAACUCGCAUACGACUCUUUUGCCGGAUUGGCCUAUCUUUUGGACGCCGACAUUUCCUACAAUCAAAUCAAAAUCAUAGAUCCAGAAGCUUUCAGAGACAGUCCGGGACUGAUCACACUCGAGCUUCAGCACAACCCUCUGGCGGAAGUGAAGGGCAACUUUUUAAAUUGUCGAACACUAUUGUACCUGGAUCUCAACAAUUGUGGAAUUCAUCGAUUGAACGAUCGAUUCUUUCACAAUACGACAAACCUGAAUAAACUUGAUCUUUCAAAUAAUCCCCUCAAAAGAAUCGAACCAGGACCCUUCGAUCAUCUGACAAAUCUCGAAUAUUUAAAAUUAAACGCCUGUAACUUGACUUACAUCUCACCAGAUGCAUUUCAACAAUUGGAGAACCUGCGUGAACUCGAAAUGGCUGACAAUGAUCUUAAAAUUCUCAGCUGGAGAAGUGUAUUGUCCCCAUUGGUACGCUUGGAGCAUUUGGAUAUUCGAAAUACAGGAAUAACAAACCUACCGGGCGAUGCUUUCGCCAAGAAUUUAUAUCUACGAAACUUAAUAUUGGCCGACAAUGAAUUAACACACUUGGAUGUCAGCAACACAUUGGGUCACAAUCUUCACAGUCUUCAAUCCUUGGAUCUAUCCAACUGUCAUCUACAAGAUCAGCUGGCAGAUGAGGCAUUUCAAAAUGCAAGUAAAUUACGAGUCUUAAAUAUCAAUGGUAAUCCAGCAUUCGCUGGUAAUUUGACCGAAGUAUUACGUAAUUUGCCAACAUUACAUAAACUCUCAUUGAGUAAUUGCAAUUUGAAACAAUUACCAAAUGCAUUUGAUGUUCUUGAACAUUUGGAGGAACUUGACGUCUCUCACAAUCCACUGUCCGACGCUUUUGUUCGACUUAAUCCUCUCAAGUCACUCGAGUUUCUUGACAUGUCCUAUUGUAAUCUCGGACUUGUGGGUAACAAAACAUUUGCCCAGACAACUUCUCUCAAGAAACUAAUACUCUCGGGAAAUCGUCUACACACAUUGGAGCAGGGUCUCUUCGCGAACCUCACACGACUGGAGUCAUUGGAAUUAAGAAAUUGUGACCUUAAAAAUCCAGUCGAUCCCACGGUAUUUGGACAUCGUGACUAUAUUCAUAUUAUUGAAUUAAAACUCGGUGGGAAUCCAUUAGUAAUACCCGAAAAUGGUCCCCUACUACCAAAACAACUAUCAGGUCUCGAAAUUCUCGAUCUAAGCAACUGUAAAUUAGAAAAUCUUCACAAAAACGUAUUUCUACAGACAAAAAAUUUAACGCUUUUGAAUUUAUCCGGCAACAAUAUUAAAGGACCAGACAAUCUCAUCGGUCUCAAGGCACUGAGUAACCUUGAACAUUUGGAUCUAAGUAGUAAUAAUAUUACCACAAUAGAUUCAAAGGUAUUCGAAGAAAAUUCCCGAUUAUUGUCAAUUAAUUUAAUGAACAAUCCAUUUGUCUGCAAUUGCUCGAUUGUCGACAUGUGGGAUUGGUCAAUUGACACAAAGAAUGAUCGCAAUAUUCUCGUUGGCAGUCAACCAGCGUAUUUUGCUGCCAACGCGGCAAAAUUACGCAAGAGUCUAUCCUGUUCGUACGAUCCAGAGACUUAUCGUAUUAUAAUGGAACAAAAUCGCAGUUCAACUGAUCGCAAACCAUUUUUACGUAAAGGCGAUCAAACGCCAAACAGAACAUGGGCAAAGUACAUUCGCGAAUCAAAUUGCAGCCGAAAAUCAUGAUAUAAGGGGGCCGAAUUUCAAAAUUCAAUGACUAAUAAUGCCUAUCAGGAGGCGGUCGAUAGGCGUAAAGUAGAACUCUAGAUUCGAUCAUUUUUUGUAGUUUUCAGCUAUGAACCAGCUGUGUGAGUACAAUCCGUAUUAGAAUUCAAUGUUUUUGAGAGGAGGCUAUUUAUGUAAAUGCUGAACAAACAAAUUUUUCUUUACAAAAAUUAAUUACUUGACUGUUAUUAUUCUUUUUGCUUCUGGAUCCAAAUGAUAACAAUGCCAUAUUUUAACAAAUUGAUACCAAAAAUUGAAUUAAAUUUGAUAUUAAUUUAAUCUACUGUCGUAUCAGUUUGAUCCAAUUUCGUAACAAUUUGAUAUUAAUUUGAUACGUUCCAGAAAACUAUAUUCUUGUUAAUAAUUAUUUACAAGAAGCUUUUUGCAUUUAAAUCCACAACUUUUGAAAUUAUUAGACACUUCUUUUAUGAAACUUUGGUUAAAUAUGAAUUCUGUUAAAUGAAAAUUUCUUUAAAUAGUAUUCCACCAAACCAGAGCCUCGUAAAUAAAAUAUUCGAAUAAUCAGAAACUGGUAAAUAAAUUGUCUGUAAUCUUACGAAAUUCAAUUAUUAAUAUUAAUAAUAAUAAAAUACUGGAAUAAUAGUCAAGUAAUCGAUACUAUUUUAAAAAAAGAAUUUGUUCCUUCAGCGAAAAGAUAAAACGAAUUCUUCUUGAGAUUAUAAAAUUUAGUAAUGAUUUUAACGUGAAAUUAUAUACCAUAUAGACUUAGAUAAAUGAUCUAGUCCCGAAGUGAUUGUAUUAAAUUAUCUUUAAGAAAUGGAAAUCCUCUCAAGGAUCAUCACACUAUCAUUAUGGAAGCAUUACUGUAUAUUUCAAUUCCAAAAAAACAAAAUUCAUUAAAUUUUCAAUCUUUCAAUGAAUCAUCGUACUUUUUAUAUAACUGUUAAAAAAAUUUCAUGAUUAAUUAGAAAAAAAGAAAUAUUCAAUAAAUCAUGAAAAUAAAUAUUUAAAUUUGACAUUUUUCAUCAAUAAAUAUCAAGAAACUCAAUUAUUUUCUAUAUUCAUGUGAACAUAGCUGGACAUGAAGAAUACAAAAAUUGUCAAUAGGAGUUCUAGAAAAAAAAAGUUUGUCAUUCAUUGAAUUUUGAAAUUUAGCCGAGAAAAUGAGAAAAUAAUGUUAAAAUCUGUUAUAAUGCGAUUAUUUAUACAUUGAUUUCUUUUUCUCUAUAUGUUCUUUUGUCAAUCAAUGUUUUAGCGAAUUUCAAUGUUAAACUUCAAUUUCAAUUUCCGUUAUUGUCACAGUAUUACCGAUACGAAUUAGAUUACGUCAUUGCACGGAAACUGAAGUAAUUACGCGUUACAUUCUAGAAACACACGAAGUUGCGAUCUACGAAUAUAUAUAUAUAUAUAUAUAUAUAUAUAUAUAUAUAUAUAUAUAUGUUUGCAGUUGGUUUACAAUCAGAUGGCAAUUACAGCUUUUUGCAUUCGCGUUUUUCCAGAAUGGACUCUGUAUUUAAAAUUUAAUUUCGUUUCUUUUAUUUCUUGUUUUCUAAAAUUUUCUUUUCUAUAUAUUCUCAAACAAUGUUAAAUAUAAUAGAAACAGCUUUUGUAAAACAUUCUUUUACAAUUUUUAAUUAUAAUCCUUUUAAUUUUAAUACUCAAUUUAUUUCUGUUAAGUCUUUGAAAAGAUUAUUUUUAAUAAUUCUUAAAAUUACUUUCUCCUGAAAAAAAAUGAUUUUCUCACAAGAUUGUCUAUAUCAUCAUUUUUUUCUGUGAAAUAAAAAUGAUUGUUUAGUUCUAAUACUCUUUGCGAUAUACAUAUAGUUUUGAAAGAUAAAUUAGAAUAUUGAUAUCGAAAAUGGUGAAUAUUAGUACGAUUUCAUUGUACUCAUCCUGUAACAAGACUGUGUUAAAUAAAUACGCCAUUUUUCUUCGUA